AUGUUGUUGCAGCUUCCCGCGGACAUCCAGCGCCUCAUCUUCAAGCAGCCCUGUCUCGGCUCGCGCGAGCUGAGCAGCCUGGAGGCGACGAGCCGCGCUGUGCGCUCGCUCGUCGACGAGGACGUGUGGCGUCAGGCGCUCUUGCGAACUGCGCUCCGGGCUGGCGAGAACGAGGAGGAGGACGUGGGCCACUUUUCACUCGGCGCCGCCUCUCUGCAGUGCCUGAGGGUGAGGGGCCACGAGGUGCGAUACGUGGGGACGGCGCUCGGCGGGGACCGCGCGGCCUUCCACGGCCAUGGCGCCUCCGGCCGGCCCCUCGGCCCCGCCUGCUCGCCCGGAGACGUUGUGGGCGCGGGCUACUCGCUGCUCUCCCGCCGCGUCUUCUUUAGUCGCAACGGCGUCUUCCUCGGAGCGCCAUACGUCGCGCCGGCGCAGCUGAUGCCGCUCUACCCCCUCGUCGGGCUCGACUCGCGCGCGCCGGUCGAGUUCAACUUCGGCGCGUCUCCGUUUGCGCUGGACACGGCUUCGCUGCCGCCCUCACUGCACCGGCCGGCCACCUCCAAGCUUUCCCGCGUCACCAGCCUCGAGGCGGCCGUGCGGUCGGCACUGGCUUGCGUGGUGCCGGCGUGGGGCCCGGCCGGCUGA